AUGCCUGUACCGUUGCCACCGGUAGAGACAACAACACUGAUGCCAGCACCGUCGCCAAACCCCGCGCUAACACCAGAUCCAGUACUUCUUUUUACAGAGAACACUCUCCCGACUUCAGGAUGUACAAUGUGCUCCCGAAAAACCCCAAUACUCGAUCUUGAAAGUCCAAGUGGAAUGCCGUCUAGUUCUUUUUCCACUGAUGUUUUCUCAAUCAAUCCUUCUGGAUGUCUUGUGCGUUCAAUGAUCUGCUCAGAAGGAGAGCUCGGAACAGAACCCGAAGUAUCAUUUAACAAAGAAGUUUUGGGAAUUCUAAAAAAUGCGGGUGAAGUGAAGAUUUCUCUUGUUUGUGAUCAAGACAGUCAAUGGGUGUUUUCAAUGGAUGGAGCCUCGGCUGUGAUCACAAAUAUUGGAUGUUAUACC